UCAUUUUCUGGUGGUGGAUAUAGGUUGGGUGACUCAUCGCAAAAGCACUCUGAAUACAUAUAUGAAGAAAAUCAAGAUGUUCAAAUUUUGCUGAAAUUAUGGAGAAACGGCUUCAGUUUAGAUGAUGGCGAGUUGAGAUCCUAUACAGACCCAACAAAUGCUCAGUUUCUUGAGUCUGUUAAAAGAGGGGAAAUUCCUGUGGAACUGCAGCGACUUGUUCAUGGUGGCCAGGUUAAUUUGGAUAUGGAAGACCACCAAGAACAGGAAUAUGUGAAGCCUAGACUGCGAUUCAAAGCUUUCAGUGGCGAAGGGCAAAAACUUGGAAGCCUUACCCCUGAAAUAGUCAGCACACCUUCUUCCCCAGAGGAGGAGGAGAAAUCCAUUCUUAAUGCACCCAUUCUGAUUGAUGAUUCCUUGCCAGCGACUAAGAUUCAAAUUAGAUUAGCCGAUGGAAGCCGUUUAAUACAAAGAUUUAACCAAACACACAGGUAAAUUGAUUCUGCAUUGAUGCAG